CAAAAAACAAUGGCGAGGCGAAACUAAAAAAAUUGUGUUGCUGACAUCUGGUCGCUUGCAAAACUAUUUCGAGCAGAUUUUGUGAUAUUUCGUUGUGAUCGGUCGAUAAAUCCCUAGGUUUUUUUUUAAGGGGAAGUGCGAAGACGUCUUGGCGGUUGGGAAGACAGCAAGAAAGACAGCAGACACAAAAAAAACAGUAGUUCUACACAACUAACGGGAACACCAGCAACAACAACAACAACAACGUCCUCCUACACAAGCAGUCCGGCCAAGCAGUGGAGCAAAAGGAUAUUCGGUAGGAAAGAUCCAAAAAAAACAACGACAGCUCCCGAACCUUAUCCUCAUCCGAAAUGGACAUGAUUACGGUGGGGCAGAGCGUCAAGAUCAAGCGGACGGACGGACGCGUCCACAUGGCCGUGGUGGCGGUGAUCAAUCAGUCGGGCAAGUGCAUCACAGUCGAAUGGUAUGAGCGCGGCGAAACCAAGGGCAAGGAGGUGGAACUGGAGGCCAUACUCACGCUCAAUCCUGAGCUGCUGCAGGACACCGUGGAGCAGCAUGCCGCACCGGAGCCCAAGAAGCAGGCCACCGCACCGAUGAACCUAUCGCGCAAUCCCACACAAUCGGCCAUCGGUGGCAAUCUCACCAGCCGCAUGACCAUGGCCGGCAACAUGCUGAACAAGAUCCAGGAGACCCAAACGAUCCCACAUCCGCUGGGCAACAGCAAUAGCGGCAAUACAAACAGCAACUCGAACGCCACGGCCGGUGGAGGAGGAGGAGGCACCACAACCACUACAACUACUACAACAACUGGAUUACAGCGACCACGCUAUUCGCAGAACGUGACUGGCCAGCAGCAGACGAGGAUCGCCUCGGCAGUGCCCAAUAACACAUUGCCCAACCCCGGAGCGGGAGCCACUGCCAAUGUUCCGGCGGCACAAACAGCCGCUGCUCCGGCCAGCAACACGACCCAGGGAGCCGGCGGCUCACGGCGGUCGCAUGCAUUGAAGGAGGUGGAGCGGCUGAAGGAGAACCGCGAGAAGCGUCGCGCCCGCCAGGCCGAGAUGAAGGAGGAGAAGGUGGCCCUGAUGAACCAGGAUCCGGGCAAUCCCAACUGGGAGACGGCGCAGAUGAUACGCGAGUACCAGGGCACGCUGGAGUUUGUCCCGCUGCUCGAUGGACAGGCCGUCGAUGACCAUCAGAUCACCGUGUGUGUGCGCAAGCGACCCGUCAGCCGCAAGGAGGUCAACCGCAAGGAGAUCGACGUCAUCUCGGUGCCGCGCAAGGACAUGCUCAUCGUGCACGAGCCGCGCAGCAAGGUCGACCUCACAAAGUUCCUGGAGAACCACAAGUUUCGCUUCGACUACGCCUUCAACGACACUUGCGACAAUGCCAUGGUAUACAAAUACACAGCCAAGCCUUUGGUUAAGACUAUUUUCGAGGGGGGAAUGGCGACGUGCUUCGCCUACGGCCAGACGGGAUCCGGCAAGACGCACACAAUGGGCGGCGAGUUCAAUGGAAAGGUGCAGGACUGCAAGAACGGCAUCUACGCUAUGGCGGCCAAGGACGUUUUUGUAACCCUCAAUAUGCCGCGUUACCGCUCCAUGAAUCUAGUCGUUUCGGCCAGUUUCUUUGAGAUUUAUAGCGGCAAGGUAUUCGAUCUUCUGGCCGACAAGCAAAAGCUGCGCGUCCUCGAGGACGGCAAGCAGCAGGUGCAGGUGGUGGGCCUCACCGAGAAGGUGGUGGACAGUGUGGAGGAGGUGCUGAAGCUAAUCCAGCACGGCAACGCUGCCCGCACCUCUGGCCAAACAUCGGCCAACUCGAACUCGUCGCGUUCGCAUGCCGUCUUCCAGAUCGUCCUGCGACCAAUGGGCACAACAAAGAUCCAUGGCAAGUUCUCGUUCAUCGAUUUGGCGGGCAAUGAGCGUGGCGUGGACACCUCAUCGGCCGAUCGGCAGACACGCAUGGAGGGUGCCGAGAUCAACAAAUCGCUGCUGGCGCUCAAAGAGUGUAUCCGUGCGCUGGGCAAACAGUCGGCCCACUUGCCCUUCCGUGUCUCCAAGCUGACACAGGUGCUGCGCGACUCGUUCAUUGGCGAGAAGAGCAAGACCUGCAUGAUCGCCAUGAUCUCGCCGGGACUGAGCUCCUGCGAGCACACGCUCAACACGCUGCGCUAUGCGGAUCGUGUCAAGGAGCUGGUGGUCAAGGAUAUCGCCGAGGUUGGCCCCGGCGGCGAUCGCGAUGUCAUCGAGGUAAUGGACGACGAGGAGGAGGAGGAACUUAAUCUGGUGCAUUCGCACUCGCAUCAGAUGCUCCAGAAUUCGCAUGCGCCGACCUCACAGUCGCAGCACAACCAGCGUGUCGGCGGUGGCGGACCUGGCUCCCAUCACUCGGGCAUUCAUAACAACAAUAAUAACAACAACAAGAACGGAAACGCUGGCAACAUGGACCUGGCCAUGCUGAGUUCGCUGAGCGAACACGAGAUGUCCGAUGAGUUGAUUGUGCAGCACCAGGCCAUCGACGACCUGCAGCAGACGGAGGAGAUGGUGGUGGAGUACCACCGCACCGUGAACGCCACCCUGGAGACCUUCCUGUCCGAAUCGAAGGCGCUGUACAACCUAACCAACUAUGUGGACUACGACCAGGACUCGUACUGCAAGCGGGGCGAGUCGAUGUUCUCGCAGCUGCUGGACAUCGCCAUCCAGUGCCGGGACAUGAUGGCCGAGUACCGCGCCAAGUUGGCCAAGGAGGAGAUGCUCUCGUGCAGUUUCAACUCGCCGAACGGCAAGCGUUAGUCCGUGUAUACAGCUUGAUCACCUUUCCCCCUCCUCCAACCCGUUCUUUUUUAAAUAACUACUAUUCCCCUUUGGCUUCCCAUCUUUGUGAAAAAGAAUGCUCUGAAUGCACUCACACAAGAACUUUAAAUCUUAAUUGGGCCCUCACGCAGCCCCCAUCGCCAGUGGAUGUGAGUCUCCCCGGAGGCUCUGGUCCACACAUGAAGUAAUGGCGACGGGGGCCAGUAUUUUUACAAACAGAACAAUGAAUGAAAGGAACAUGAAGAAACCUAUUUAUAUAGCAUAUAAAUAAAUAUGUCUUGUAAAAAUAAGACUUGUCAGCCCCCCAAAGCAUCCUCUAUCUCUCUUUCCAACUCGCUGUCGCUGCGAGAGCUAGUUUAUUAGGUUUUUAACUACAUUAAUAAUCGAGGAGCGACACGGUUGAGAGCCUGUUUAAUAAUAUAUACUUUUCGAUCUAAGCACGGGAACAGAUGAUACAGAUUUACCAUGACAGCAACACACCAAUAACCGAAAAACUAACUAUACAGCAGGCCGCGACUUUGCUGGGUUCUCUUUCAGUUAUGAUUAUAUGAUUAUAAUUAUAAUUUCUGAGCAGUCGAUACUUUUGUAAAAGAAAAAGACAUUUACUAUAUGAUAAUUACUACUUACAUACGUUCUACUCUA